UUUUGACAUCAAAUACGGUAGUAUAAACUGAGCGGUUUACACAGCGAGCUUGAAAAAACGAUACACCGGCUCUCCGAUUCGGCAGUGGAAACGAGUGAACGGAGUGAGGGAAGUAUUGGACUAAAACCAAUAAUAGAGUACUGGAUCAGUUCUAUUUCUACGGCAGUCAGUGAUGUGUGUAGUUCACUGCUUUUUACUUCACCAAAAAAUUUACACUAUGCAGAUUCAGUCAAAGUUAAUAUCAAAAUAAUUCAUGGAUGUUACAUGUAAAUAUCAAAACUUAAAAAUUGGAAACGCCUUAAAUUUGGGUAGAAAAAGAAAAUAUCAUAAUUUUAUAUGCUGGAAUAAUUUAUUGUGAACAAAAUAAUGUGUAAAGCUGUUUGAUUAAGUUUUUUUUUAUGGUUGAAGUUAUGAGAGCAUGUAUUUUAAAAAUGAAAUAAAUGCAACAUUUAAUAGCUGGAGUAAAUUGUAAUAAUUAAGUUAACAUGGGGAAGGAGAAUAAUGGAACAAGUGGAGAACCAGGAGUUCAUUACAAGACUGCCGAUCCAGAGUCUGUAAAGGUAAACCAAGAAUCUAGCUCCCCAUCAAGACGUAACUCUCAAAAUGGCCUUCCUAUAUUGUUUGAAAGAGCGGGAAGCUGGUGGCCAAAUCCAAAAUUUGACUCAGAAAUUUUGGAAGAGGAACAGUGGAAGAAUUACUUUCCCCAAACCAGAAGAAGGUUUCAGUAUGCUCUGUUCUAUAUAUUUGCAGCAUGUAUAGCAUGGAUUGUUUAUUUUGGAACAACUAAGCAAUAUUCAGAUCACUGGCCGUACUUUUUAGUUGGAACCCUGGUUUUACUAUGCCUAAUUGGAGCUAUCAUAGGUUUCACAUAUACAAAACAUUACAAGAAAUUUUAUCUUCAUUCCUCGGUGUUUGUAUCUGUAUUGAUAUGUGGAGGUAUUCUUUCAACAAUGGUAUACACUGAAUCUGACUUGUCAAUCAUCGGAGCUUUUACAGCUACUGUGGAAGUCCUUCUCAUGAUGUACAGUGUCAUCCCAAUGCCUCUAUAUAUGACAGUUUUAAUUGGAGGCAUUUAUUCAAUUGUGUUUGAAGUUUUGACUGCACUGCAAAACCCCUAUAUGCAAGCGCCGCUAUUUGUAGCAGGGAAGGUCCUUCUUCAUUUAUGCAUUCACUUGAUGGGCGUUCAUAUCUUUACUAUGAGACAGGUUCGUCAAAGGAGUACAUUCUGGAAAAUAGGACAGUCUACUAUAGCUCGAAAAGAUCUUCAAGUGGAGAAACAGAUCAAAGAGAAAAUGAUUCAUUCUUUAAUGCCUCCAAAAGUUGCUAACCAGGUCAUGGCAAGUAGGACAGAUAAAGACGAAGAUGACAUACCGAAAAAGCGAGGUUCAAAGACAAAGGCUUUGAAAAAAGGAGAGAUCAUUUUCCGCACAUUUAACAUGAAUAGAAUGACUGAUGUGAGCAUACUGUUUGCUGAUAUUGUUGGUUUUACAAAGAUGAGUUCCAAUAAGACUGCUGAGGUUCUUGUAGGUCAGCUCAAUGAUUUAUUUGGAAGGUUUGAUGAUCUUUGUGCUAAAUCAGGCUGUGAGAAAAUUAGUACCCUUGGAGACUGUUAUUACUGUGUCUCAGGUUGUCCGGAACCAAAGCCUGAUCAUGCUAAAUGUUGUGUAGAAAUGGGGCUAGGCAUGAUAGAAGCUAUUAUCAAGUUUGAUGAGGAUAACAAUGAGCAGGUUGACAUGAGGGUUGGAGUUCACACUGGUACAGUACUCUGUGGUAUUGUAGGAACACGAAGGUUUAAGUUUGAUGUGUGGUCAAAUGAUGUAUUACUGGCCAACAUAAUGGAAUCUAGUGGGCAGCCAGGACGUGUUCACAUCUCUGAGACAUCCUAUCAUUUUCUUAAAGAUGAGUACGAAGUUGAAGAAGGAGAAGAUGUUGAAGGUAAGAAAUUAUAUACUAAUUUAUCUUUUACUCAUGAAAUAUCAUUAUUAUUCUGCUGAACCUUUUUAAGGGUA